UCUUCUUCUCUUCCAGGCUGAGCAUCCCAGGAGGAGCCAUGGAUGCUGCUGCUGCUGGGGAGAAGGAGAAGGAGGCCUUGCAGCUGGUGGCCGAGGCUGAGAAGAGGGUCAAAGCCUCCCAUUCCUUCCUCAGGGGGCUCUUCGGAGGGAACAGGGUAGAAGAAGCAUGUGAAAUGUAUACCAGAGCAGCAAAUAUGUUCAAGAUAGCCAAAAACUGGAGUGCUGCAGGAAAUGCAUUUUGUCAGGCAGCCAAGCUCCACAUGCAAUUGCAAAGUAAACAUGACGCAGCAACCUGUUUUGUGGAUGCAGGGAAUGCUUACAAAAAGGCAGACCCACAAGAGGCUAUCAACUGCUUAAAUACGGCCAUCGAUAUUUAUACAGACAUGGGCCGAUUCACUAUUGCUGCCAAGCAUCACAUUACCAUUGCAGAGAUCUAUGAAUCUGAGUUGGUAGACAUCGAAAAGGCUAUUGCUCAUUAUGAGCAAGCUGCAGAUUAUUACAAAGGAGAAGAAUCUAACAGUUCUGCCAACAAAUGUCUUCUGAAAGUGGCUGGAUAUGCUGCCCAGUUAGAGCAAUAUCCAAAGGCAAUUGAAAUGUUUGAACAGGUUGGAACAAGUACUAUGGAUAAUCCAUUACUCAAACACAGUGCAAAGGAUUAUUUCUUUAAAGCUGCCCUGUGCCACUUUAUAGUUGAUGAACUGAAUGCUAAGCUCGCUCUUGAAAAAUAUGAAGAAAUGUUUCCGGCUUUCACAGAUUCAAGGGAAUGUAAACUAUUGAAAAAAUUACUGGAAGCCCAUGAAGAACAAAACUGUGAAGCAUACACAGAAGCAGUUAAAGAGUUUGAUUCAAUAUCCCGCUUGGAUCAGUGGCUGACAACCAUGUUGCUUCGCAUAAAGAAAUCUAUUCAAGAAGACAAUGAGGGAGACUUGAAAUGAACUCUCCGUACAGUUUGUGGCAUUUUGUGACUUGUCUACUGAAGUACACUGUGUUGUGGCCAAGGAUCAUUCUAGGAUACUUGAUAAAUGCUUCUAGCUUAACUGACUGGUGUCUUGUUUAGUAUCCUGUUGUGGCUCAUUCGGUGUAACUGUGCACAUGGGUUUAUCUGUUUUUAAGACUUGUUUCAUUUCUAAAUGCAAAGUGUGGCCUGAUCCUAUGCAUUUUUUACUCAGAUGUAAAUCCCAUGGAGUUUGGGAGAGCUCUUCCUCAUGUCACCGUGUAUAGAACUGCAGCUUGUGCAUGUUACAUCGGAGUAAGUCCCAUUUUGUUCAAUUGAACUUACUCCCUAGUAAGUGCACUUACAACCGCAGCCUCAACAAUAAUAGAGAUUAAAUCAGUUCUUGUGGAAUGCCAGCCCCCCUGAUCUGCUUGUAAUCCAGAUUUUCCUGCCUCGCAUUUUACAUGUGGCAGUUUUGAAGAAAUGUUGCUGAUCUGAAAUGUAUUUGGAUUCUUCAGAUUAUUCUCCACAUCAGUUUACACACAGCAGAGAGUGGCUUCCUCUGUGUAUUUUGAAUCAGAAACAAGCAAACUACUAGGAUUAUUAUUAGACCCUCCUGACCCGUUAGCUGAAGACAGGCCCCUAAAGUCAUUCCAUUAGCAUUUAAAAAAUUCUGAACCCACAGUGCUCUCAGUCCUUCCUCACAAUAAAAUUUGUCUUGUUUUACCUCAACCUAAAAAAUAAUAAUCAGGGUAUUGAAAAGGGAAAGGAGUUAAUUUUGUUCCUGCUGUUGUUAAAUAACUGGGAAACAUUUACUUGCUGAUCUACUGCAAAUUGUUUAGGGAUCUGUUUAGGAUUGUCACAUUGUUUUGAGAGUGGGUCUCUUGUAACUUUAAUCCUUAGCGGGUAUUGGAGCAGGACAAGAUACUAUAAAUCUCCAUCCAGCAGGAUGAAGAUACUUUGUCCUCCCUUCCCAUACACACCCCAACCUUCAGCCUUUCUAGAGGAAAGCUGGGCAGGGUGCAGAGGAGUGUCUGCUAACAAGAAAAGAGUUGGGCGCUCCUCCAUGCCUCUUUCCACAUCCAUCCAUCAGCAAAGCAAUUGCCAUGUUGGGAGAUGAUGACUUCAGCUAAAAUUUGGGGUUUGGAAAGUGAGGGAGGACAAGUAACUGGCCCUGCUAGGCAGAGCUUUAUAGUACCUUGUCCUGAUUGAAGAUCUGCUAGGCAUUAAAGUUACAGUAGCCCUGUCCUGGAUCCACUCUGGCACCUCUAGAUCUAACAGAAGAUCCAGAUUGAUGUUUGUGCAAUCCUGUUUUAAGAUAUCAGAAUAGUAUCUUGGGAGUUCUCAUUUCCUCUUGUGUGACAAUGUUGAGUUGUAACACUGAAUGGAAUGGAACUGAACUGACUUGAGAUGGCAACUAGCAUACACAGCUUCCUUUAGAGCAGAGGGGGCAAAGUUGCAUCCAGAUAUUGCUGCACUGCAACACACAGCAUUCUUUAUGGUUGAUCAUGUUAGCUAAGGCUGCUAAGAGCUGCAGUCCAACAAUGUGUGGAUGCCAGUCCAACAAUGUUUGGACCAUCCAUACUUUACAGUACAAUCCCAUGCAUGUUUACUCGGAAGUCAAUCCCAUUGUCUUGGGGGGGGCAAUGGAAGUAAGCCCCACUGAUCCCAUUAGGAUUUAUUUUUGAGUAAACAUGCAUGGGAUUGCACUGGAAAGGAUGUUUUGUGUUGUAGUUAAAGAUUGCAGCCUUAAAGAUAGAUACAUUAGCCUCAUCUUAAUAAUUUAAAAAAAGGAAUCUAAACUUCAGUGAAUGCAAAUUUUCUAUUGUCUUUGCCAAAUGUUAAACAGGUUAACAGGGUAUUGUGUCUUUAUUUUGAUGACAUGAAAGACUCAGAAAAGUUUGCUGUAAAUGAUAAUUGCAUAAUUUGAGGCUACUGUUAUUGGUAGAAUUCUCUCCAGACACCAACUCCAAAGAAAAACUCCUGUGCAGUAUCAUCCAUCCACCUAUAGUUUGGAAAAGUGAGAACAUGCAAGUGCUGAUGUAAAUAAAGCAGCACCAGCUCUUUCUUUGUUGGACACCCACAGAGGUUCACUCAGCAUGCUUGUGAAUAUGUGGUGUCCAGAGGCAUUGACAGUGUCCUUUAAGGGAAAAAACAACCUCUAUAUUUUUUUCUUGUGAUGCAAUUUCUUCUUUCGUAAACAAAGAGCUUCUAAAAUUUAGAGCCUAAAACUUUCAUUCCCCAUAGUGCAUAUCAUUUAUGACAUGUGAUAGAGGUGAUACUUUUGUCCAAGUGUAUUUUAUAUUGCUCUUUUGUCUUCUGUUGUUCUGACUUUAAAUGUGAUAGAGCUGUUUCAGUAAUACUGGUGGAAAGCUUGUGAUUUUGAUAUAUACAUUAUGCAAGUAUAUGUGUGUGCAUAAUAUGCAAGGCAAAAUUACACAACAAUCUAGGUCUAAAAGCAU